AUGCCGCUCCGAGGGCGAGAGGACCUUGUGGAUGGACGAGGAGUGGGCCGAGCCGCCUCUGCCUGUGAGCAACGGAACCAGCUGCCCACACUCGGCAGCGCCUUCCUCCCAGCCGGACCGGAGGCUCUGAGGCUGAUACUGAGAUUCAUCUGCAUUCCCCGUGCGCCUGCCUGGCAGAUGGUGGGGGAGGCGGCCCUGCGCGUGCUGGGGGCUGCGGCCAGCCACCAAGUGGACCUCAGAAAGCCUUGGGGCACGGCCCACCGUGCCCCCCGGCACCCAGCUCUAGGCAUCACCCAGACCCCUCUGGGUCUCUCCCGCCCCACGGCUGGGGUGGCUUCCACCUUCUUUCCAGCAUCACUGCUGUACCCAGCGCUGCCAGCUGACCCAGUGCCCCGGGAGUGGGGGCACAGACACCCAGGCAAGGACACUGCCCUCAGGAAGCCGGGUGGCCUCCCCCCCCACGCCUGGCAGCACUGCCUGGGCCCUCGGGCCUGCCCCGCUGGCUGUCCCGCCACUCCUCUGGAAGUCCUUCCCAAGGGGUGGCCCGCCACCCUGGCAGAGCCUGCAGAGUCUUACAGAACAUUUCAGGUCAUCUGUGGCCAGGAUGAUGGUCCCCAUGGCUCCGAGGACCCUGAGCGUGAUGACCAUGACAGCCAGCCCCGGCCCCGGGUCCCUCGGAAACGGGGCCACAUCUCACCGAAGUCCCGCCCCCUGGCCAACUCCACUCUCCUAGGGCUGCUGGCUCCACCUGGUUCUGAAGCUUGGGGUAUCCUCGGGCAGCCCCCCAACCGCCCAAACCACAGCCCCCCACCCUCAGCCAAGGUGAAGAAAAUAUUUGGCUGGGGUGACUUCUACGCCAACAUCAAGACGGUGGCCCUGAACCUGCUGGUCACGGGGAAGAUUGUGGACCACGGCAACGGGACUUUCAGCGUCCACUUCCGCCACAAUGCCACAGGCCAGGGCAACAUCUCCAUCAGCCUUGUGCCCCCCAGCAAAGCCGUGGAGUUCCACCAGGAACAGCAGAUCUUCAUCGAAGCCAAGGCUUCCAAAAUCUUCAACUGCCGCAUGGAGUGGGAGAAGGUGGAACGGGGCCGCCGGACCUCGCUCUGCACCCACGACCCAGCCAAGACCUGCUCCCGUGACCACUCCCAGAGCUCGGCCACCUGGAGCUGCUCCCAGCCCUUCAAGGUCGUCUGCGUCUACAUUGCCUUCUACAGCACGGACUAUCGGCUGGUCCAGAAGGUGUGCCCAGACUACAACUACCACAGCGACACCCCCUACUACCCCUCUGGCUGACUCUGGGCAGGCUUUGGAGGCCAGGUUAGGGCUGGGAGGGUGGGCCUGCCCCUGCAGGACGCCAUCUGCCUGGGCACCGGGCGGGGAGGGGGAUGGAAGGGCUGCAGGCAGGAGGGAGACUAGGAGGUGUGGGCGGGCCGUCUCAGUGGUCAGCCAGAGGCCAUUGUCCCAGGCUGUCCUCAGCCCUAGGCUGUGCAGCCACUAGAAGGCAGGAGCCUCUCAGGGCCGGGCUUUCCCACCAAGCUGCAGGCCAAUGCCAGCUCCAGGCCUCUGGCCGGGCAGACUGUGGUGGCCCUGGGUCAAGUCAACAGAGGAGACCCUAAGCCCUUGGGUCCCUCUCUACCCUCCUGAGGACAGCAGUGGCAGAGGGGGUUUCAGGAGCCAGCCUAGGGUGCAGGGCUGAGACAGUGCGUCCCAGGAGGACGCAGUGGGCAACCCAAGCCCCUUCCCUGCCCGAGCCCGGUGAGAGGCUGAGGUGCUGACCCUUGAGGUCUUUGUAGUGACAGGGUCCCUCGUCUCCAGCCAGGCCACCCCUUUCCACAGUUCCCCUCCUGCCAGCACUCCACACCCGCUGUUAGCACACCUGUCCUCAGGCCGCGACAGGAUGGUGCUGGUCUUCCCGGCACCAGGGCCACCAGUAGGCACUCACCCGUGUCAUGUGUCCCUCCGCCACCACACCCCCUGCCAAGAGUGGUCCAUCCAUAGUCGGCCCUGCCUGUCAGACGGGGGCCCUCCCUCCCCAUCCUUGGGGUGGCCAACGUGUGGGCGGGAGGCUGCCCCCAGGACCCGGGUCGCUCCCUCGUGUCUGUCUGUGGGUGGGGGGAGGGGCGGGAAGUCUUGUGAAAUCACCUGACCGUGGACUUCUGUGUGCAGAGUCUUGUCCUUGGGGCAGGGAAUAAAGCUUUCCCCAGGCCACAGCCUUCUGAGUUGUCCCCUGGUCCUGCCAGUAUUUCUCAGAUGGCAGUCGGACAUUGCUGGGGACCGGAGUGCGAGGGUCCCAUCACCUUGGAGCCAGUGCUCAGCGGCCAGGCCCUUCCGGCUCUCAGCCAGUG